AUGAUGGACUAUAGGACAGGACUGCUGCUUCUAACUAUCUGCUGGACAGGUGUUGAUGGUCAGACUCUGACAGAAUCUGAACCAGCAGUUAAAAAGCCUGGAGAAUCCCACAAACUGACCUGUACAACCUCUGGAUUCACAUUCAGCAGCUACUGGAUGCAUUGGGUCAGACAGGCUCCUGGAAAAGGACUGGAGUGGAUUGCUUUAAUCUACACUGACAGUAGUGGCAAAUUCUACUCUCAGUCAGUUCAAGGCCGGUUCGCCAUCUCCAGAGACAACAGCAGAGAGCAGCUGUAUCUGCAGAUGAACAGUCUGAAGACUGAAGAUUCUGCUGUUUAUUAUUGUGCUCGACACUCACAUGAUCCUCCUUGUUUCUCAGCUAUAAAGACUUCACAUCAGACUGUCAGUGGAGAUCACAGCACAUUAGCUUCAACAUCAACCAUGUUCUCUGGAGCUCUGCUGCUGCUGUUGGCAGCUGGAUCCUGUGUGAAGUGUGAACAGUUGACACAGCCAGCCUCAGUGACUGUGCAGCCAGGUCAACGUCUGACCAUCACCUGUCAGGUCUCUUAUUCUGUUGGCAGCUAUUACACAGCUUGGAUCAGACAGCCUGCAGGGAAAGGACUGGAGUGGAUAGGAAGGAAAUAUACUGGAGGCUCUCACUACAAAGAUUCACUAAAGAACAAGUUCAGUAUUGACUUAGACUCUUCCAGCAACAGAGUGACUCUAAAUGGACAGAAUAUGCAGCCUGAAGACACUGCUGUGUAUUACUGUGCCAGAGACCCACAAUAA